CAGCCGAUAAGUAUCGACGAAGAGGCGCACAUGCGCAGCGAGGAGGACAUCCGGCGCGCAGUGUACGGCGUAUCCCUUUCUGAGAUCCACCUCGGAAAUUACGACAACUCCAUCACCAGGCCCACUGUCGCUAGCGCUCGGAAGUCCGUGCUGUGGUCUCGUGAGCGCAAAGUUUACGAAAGAGAGCAGACAUCGCCUGACGAGUUUAAAAGUAACCCUUACUUCAAGUUCGAGUAUCCGGAAAUUCCCCGUCAUUGGCCGGGAACUUGGGCGGUGAUGUCCCGCGAUGAGCUGGCAGGUAGCGCCAUGCGGCUGUCGUCCCGGCCCUCCACCGCCCGCCCACAGACGUCUCCCGGGACUCCCUGGCUCCGCCGGACCCGAGCAGCCUCCGUCACACAACAGGAGAUACCGCGAACUGUUAAAACAACCUCAUUGUGGUCACGUGAUUUGUGUUAUGUUUCUUGUGAGAACUACAAAAACUCUUCAUCGAUCCGUGUGUUAUGGCAUGUUGUGAUCGUGGCCUGUAAUAAUCAGGACACUGUCUUUCUUAAGUUGCGUUGUCGUCAGUAUUAGCGUUAUGUCUGCCUCAUGAAUAGAGAGGACUUGACUGAUUUAUUUGUUGCAUGAUAUACAUGUAUAAUACAAUACGAAAGAAA